AUAUGGAGGAAUAUUCACUGUUAUCCUCUCAAAUAGAUAUUUAGCCAUAAUUAAAAUAUAAACAAAAAUUAGGAAUAAUUAAAUAAUAGUAAUUAAAAUUUUUUAAGCUGCUGGAUUUUGCAAAAACAAUGGACCGCUCAUUGUGUGGUGGCUCAAUGUAAUUAGCCAGAGAUUUGAUAAUGAAUCCAAAACGACAUCCAAAAAGAGUAAUUGAAUUAAUAAUUACCAAAAUUGAAAAAAAUGGAAUUAAGCGGGAACCAUGUGAACCAAAACCAAAGAAAGAAUCCAAAUUUGGAAGUCACAACUCUCCGCCACCUAACUCUUUCACCUUCCUCCUCUCUCUAAUCUGUACACCUCAUUGUUAAUACACCCACAGUCACAGCCCUCUGCUUGAUUUGAUCUUAAGAAAAUGUGGCAACUAAUUUUAGCAGCAGCCAUAGCAGGAUCUACAGGGUUCAUUGCUAAACACUUACUUAAUCACGAUAAAGAAGACCAAUUACCUACUCAACCCUCGUUUGAUUCUACAUUUGCCACUCCCCAAGUGGUUAAUGAUAGUAAUUUUGAGCUGCAGUCAAACAAUGACGGCAUUUUUAGGUUUUCUAGCUCUUCGCCUUCUUCUUUGUCUGGUAAUCACAAUAGGAACUCCAGGAAUAAAUCUCUGAUCAAGGGCCGCCGCUUGAAAUUUGGCACUGAGAAUAAUAAGGAGAGUAAUAACCAGAGAUCUAGCGGUUAUGAAGGCGGUUCACGCCGAUUUGGUGUUUGUUUGAAGAAGAGAAGAACUGCUAAGACUCUGCCUUCCAAAUGUGGAUCGCGUUCUUCUCAUGAUAAAACUUCUUUUGAUAGGGGACUAGGUGCUGGAAUCAUGUACAUGAUGUCAGCUGGGAAAGCGGAGAUCAGAAAAUUGAGCGAUGCCAUGGAUGAGACUUCAAAAGUUGUUCAGGAAUUAAGAACCGAGCUUUACAAAAGAAAAUCUGCCAAAGCUGCUGCGAGCUCCCUAGAUAUAAGCUGUGAGCAUAUUCAACAGGUGCAAUAUAGUUCAGGCUCAGGGGAUAGAGACCCUAAAGAUGUUAGGGUCUUGUUGGUUCCGAUGAUUGAUGAUGUUGAAUGCCUAAGUAGUGUUCUUACUGAGGAGCCGGAUCCACAGGCUCUGGAAAUGGAUCAACUGGAAGCAGAACUUGCUUCUGAACUACAAAAACUUCCAUGGUCCGACACUGGAACUUCUGGACAUGAAGAAAUAGAGCCAACUAUGGGCAAGAGUGAGAUUUCGUGCCAUGAGAUUCUUAAACUGGAGUGCCAGAGCAAUGUUUCUUACCAAUGCCAAGGAGUCUUGCCGUCUGAACUGGACAAGAAGCUAUGCCACUUGCUUAUAGAACAACAGGAAAAUCAAAUUGAAGAGCUGGAGUCUGAAUUACAUAUGGCCCAAUCCAAACUCAAUGAUAAAGAUGCUGAGCUUCAAGCCUUAAAGGACUGCGUUAGACGCCUGACUGAAUUUUCUCUGUCAACUGUAUCAGAUGAUGCAGAUGAAGAACUUGAGGUACAAGUAGAGCAAGAUGGCAUCAGAUGGGGCAAUAACAACAAAAACGGCUAUGAAUCGGAGAUGAUAAAAUCAGCGGUUGGAAUGAAAAGACCAAUAGGCUAUGCAUAACCCAGUUUCUUCAACAGCAGCUUUCUGCAUAGUGAGAUUACUAACCUAUCUAUAGUAUUCAUACCAUGUCAAUGCUCAAGUAUAGGAUGCUAUGUAUAUAUGUGGGUAGAAAUGUAAUUUACUAGGCAGUCAUAGGAUAUUUUAGUAAUUUUCUUCUUUCUUCUCAUGUCUUUAAUUUACUCCAAGUUGGUGCUAGAAAAGAACUGAAAAAAUGUCCAGUCUAGAGCUGAUUGACUUGCCUAUGCUGAUUCCUUCUAGGUCAAGCUCUGCCAGAAAAUGUCCUUGCAACCACAGUUGACUUUCUGUUU